UGUAUCGUGAGUUGGAAAUAGAGGCAGCGCGUGGAGAGUCACGCAGAUAAAAGCCGAGCAAGGAGCUGGGAGGGAGGAGGCAGAUGAAAGCAGGCAAGGAUCAAGUGAGAGACAAAAGGUGUGAGAUAGAUGUACCCGAGGCAGCAAAGGAGGGAGACAGGAGAGGGAGACGAAACACCUCCACCCCCUCCAGCCAGCGCUCUCCAGAGUUGAGCCGCUGGAUGCCACGGCGGUGAUUUCCCCUCCAGCAUCCUCCGACCACGGAGCCCCGGGAGCGCAGGAGCCUGUUGCCUAGAUACCCCUGCUGUCGCCACAGAAGAAGAAGAAGAAGAAGCCAAGACUGAACCGUGCUCGCUGGCCGGUGUCACUGCCGUGGGAAAAAACACAGCUGUCUGGAUGGAUCCUGAGUCGCUGGCAUCGCACGUAUGAACAAGGAGGGAAUCACCCUGACACGGGGGCUUUGAGGAGGAGGAAAGGGGGAGUAAGGGGGGAGGCUGGCACCCUGAGCUGGAUGAUGAAGAAAGCUGUUUGGUAGAGAGAGGAAGCAGAUACUUUGUGUGAAAGAAGGGGAAGCUACGGGGGGGAAGACGAGACGCCGAAGCAGGACAGGAGCUGGUGGGGGAGGAAGAGGGGCUCUGGCUACGAUACUUCAGCGGGCAGGGGGGAGGUAGAGUCGGGAGGCUGAGUGGAGCCAUGCAGAUCCAAUCUCCUGCUCCACAGUCCAAAGCCUUUAUCCUCGGUCAGAGAUGUGUUCUGGCCUCCAAAAUGGAAAUCCACCGUGAACAGAGUAUCUGCCAGGCGCGAGCCGCUGUCAUGGUGUACGACGAUGCCAACAAGAAGUGGGUCCCAGCCGGCGGCUCCACGGGCUUCAGCAGAGUCCACAUUUACCACCAUACGGGCAACAACGCUUUCCGAGUGGUAGGACGCAAGAUCCAGGAUCAUCAGGUGGUGAUAAACUGUGCCAUUCCCAAGGGGCUGAAGUACAACCAGGCCACGCAGACCUUCCACCAGUGGCGCGACGCCCGGCAGGUCUACGGCCUCAACUUCGGCAGCAAGGAGGACGCCAACGUAUUCGCCAGUGCCAUGAUGCACGCACUGGAGGUGCUCAACUCCCAGGACGCAGGCCCCACGUUGCCCAGACCGGGUCCCCAGGUUCAGAAUGGCCCGACACAGGAAGAGAUGGAUCUGCAGAGAAGGCAGCUCCAGGACCAGCAGAGACAGAAGGAGAUGGACCGGGAGCGUCAGGAGAGGGAGCGCCUGGAGCGAGAGAUGCUGGAGCGGCAGGAGCGCGAGCGGCAGGAACGGGAGCGUCAGGAGAGGGAGGCGCAGGCGGAGAGGGAGCGUCUGGAGCGGGAACGCCAGGAGCAGCAGGAGCGCGCCGAGCGUGAGUUGAUGGAGAGGGAGAAGGCGGAGAGAGAGCGGCUGGAGAGGGAGCAGCAGGAGCAGUUGGACAGAGAGCAGCAGGACUGGGAGAGAGGGAGACGCAUCUCCAACGCCGCCUUCGAGAGCACUCUGUACACCCCUACGCCUCAGGAGUACGGCCGGACGUCCUCCACGCCUGUAUCCUCGUCCACGCCCACCUACCCGGCCCCUGGGACGCCGUUGUCCUCCGCCACCACGCCCCCGACCCCACCGCUCAGGCACUCGGCCUCCCGGUUCGCCACCUCGCUCGGUUCCGCCUUCCACCCGGUCCUGCCCCACUACGCCACGGUCCCCCGGCGUCAGCAGGCCUUCCCCCAAGCACCACCCCCUGCCCCGGCACCCGCCCCUGCUCCUCCCCCUCCACCCAAGUCAGUGGUGUGGUCGGCGUGCAACUUCACCCCGUUGCCCCCCUCGCCACCCGUCAUGAUCAGCAGCCCCCCAGGGAAGGCCACCGGUCCGCGGCCGCUCAUCCCCAUCGCCGCGCCUUCGCCCCUUACCCAAAAACCCCCAUCGCCGUCCCCCAACGGCCCGCCCAUGUUCCCGGCGCCUUCCCCCGUGACCAUCCCACACAGCCACACCCCCCUCGGCAUCACCUGCCCGACGCCGCCUCCCCCACCCACCCCUCCCCCUCUGCCCUCCCCCAUAGCUCCCUUCCCUUCCUCCGUCUCGUCUCCCCCCUCCUCAUCCCAGGCUCCUGGUGUGCCCUCUCCCUCCACAGCACCCCCUGCUGCUGCAGCCGCUGCCUCCGCUGAGCAUCUCUCCCUCCCGGUGGGCCUGGGCCUAUCAGGGGAGCCGGACGCAGAGCUCCACCCGGCUCAGGGGGGCUCCUCCUGUCAGCCCCAGGACGUGGUGCAGAGCCCGGGGUUGACCACCCCCACUCCGCCCCCACCUCCACCCCUGCCACCCGGCUCCACUGUGACCUCGGCGGCCGCCACCCCCACCACCCCGGCCGGCCACCCGCCUCCACCCCCACCUCCUCCACUGCCUCCUACGCUGACCCCAGGCGGAACACCACCUCCUCCACCGGGUCCUCCUCCUCCACCCGGAGCCCCACCACCACCCCCGGCACCUCCCCUUCCCGCUGGACUGUUCUCUCCUGCGGAAGACCGGCCACUCUCAGGCCUGGCCGCCGCGCUCGCUGGAGCCAAGCUGCGCAAAGUGCCAAGGAGUGACGAUGCAGGGGCAGCUCUGGCAGCAGCCAUGUUGGGGGCUGCAGGGGCCGCAGGGGCCAAACCUGAGGCCAGAGGCAACGGACCUCUGCCUGGAGGAGGAGGGCUUAUGGAGGAGAUGAGCGCCUUGUUGGCGAGGAGGAGAAGAAUUGCAGAGAAGGGCUCGUCACCUGAACCUGACCAGAGAUCAGAGGAGGGUGAGAUAAACAUAACCCCUAAAGUUUCAGCUUGUAGCACACCAGACAUGCCCAGGAAGCCAUGGGAAAGAACAAACACCAUGAACGGUAGCAAAUCUCCAGUUAUUGGAAGACGAGAGUCUCCGUGGAGAAAUCCCAUGGCAGCAGAUUCCUCCAACAGACCUAAAUCCACUCCUACACCUACUGCAUCCUUAAGUGCCAAUGGUGUGCCAACAGAAGCUGUUGACUAUGACAGAUUGAAACAGGACAUCCUCGAUGAGAUGAGAAAGGAGCUGUCAAAACUAAAAGAAGAGCUCAUUGAUGCAAUCAGGGAGGAGCUGGGCAAAUCCAGCACGGCAUAGAGGAUCCACGCUCCCUGUUAAAAACAUCUACAUCUAUGUGACCCGACAGACAACAACAGCCCAUUUAAGACAUGACAAUAUAACAGCGGAAUACCGAAACAGCAAAGCGGUGGAGACGGUGAUGAUGACGACAACAAUCGUAUUAAUACACAGAGAGGACAUUACUUGGUGCGGAGCAGUGUCAGACAGGAUGGUGGUGGGAGGCUUGUUAACUCUUGAUAGCUGUGACUCACAGAAUCCAUUUUGCGAAGCCUCGUGUUCCUGCUGCCCCUUCUCACCCCCGAACCUCCCCCCUCCUGCUGAGGGCAUCGCAUCCUGGAAGACAGUGCACGGUCUGACAGGGAAGCUUUGUCUUUAUGCAACGAUGAUUUUCUCUCUCUUUGUCCUACAAUAACGAGAAAAAAAAAACACAACAAAAACUACAAUACUGAACUCUUCAACGAUACUGUAUUAACCAAGAAUCAGAACUCUUGUGAUUUACUAUCAAAAGGCACGUUUUAUUAAGAGAGUUUGGAGACAGGAACAAGUUUGGGAUGGAAGAUAAAGUUUUUUUUCCCAUAAUGCCAUAGGGGUAGCGUGCGUGUGUGUGUGGGUGUGUGAGUGUGUAUGAGGGACUGAUAGUCUCUGGUGAAGUCCACCACUGCAGGACACUGUAAAGCUCGUCUUCCUCAAAUACUAUUUUAACCUAAAUAUGUACAAAAGAGAGAAAAAGUUAUUUAGAAAAAAAAGACAAGUAUCUAUCAACCAUGUCUGUUUCAGUGUAGAUCGACGGCCAUAUCAAGUAGCUCAAUAAUCCAAUCUUUAAACAGGACGUUCUCUCGUCUGUCUCUUCAUCUGUGGAUCCAUAAUCACCAGUGGACGCUCUGUGGAGGCGUCGUCCUGUCAUAUCUGUGUUCGUACCGUCGAGCAGCAGGUGGACGAGACACUGAGGGUAGCGGCCUGUCACCGUAGCUCUCCACCAAACUUUAUCUGUCAACAAAACGUGCUGAUGAUCACUAAUACCCAUCAUGCUAGUUGACCAUGACCAGAUGUGUAGAUAGAAUUUCCCUUCCUUUUUGAUUUGAAGACUCUCUCUCUGUCUCUGUCAUAUUUUAGGUGCAUGUUGGGUUUGUUUUCUCUAUACGGCGAGGGUCACAAGUCUGCCACGAAAUUGCAUUAACUGUCACAAGUUUUAUUACAAGCAAUAAGUGUAGCAUCUACUUCUAAGGCCCGCCUGCCCCAGUCCCACCAAACAUUUUCAGCGUCUCUCUGUCCUUUUUUUGGCCCUCCUGAGCCUCUGUAGGACAACGUUACUGUGUGUCGCCACGCCACCUCUUGUCAAAUACCUGACAGAUUUUAUGUGAAACUGAAGGCUGAUGUGAAAGAAUAACAGAACAACACAUGAUUUCAUGGAAUUACACAAUUUCUGAAUCACAAUAAUCUCCUUUUUAGCUUUUUUUCUAUAAAAUUCAAGGAUACUGUAUCUUUAGCCGCAUUGGAGAUGAACUGAUUUUUUUUUUUUACGCAUUUCUGAAGUUCAGAAGGUGCACCGGAAAACCCAAAUGUGUAAGAGAUGGUGUCCACAUGAGGACAUGAAUGUGCCAUUUACUCUUUCACCAGUGCUUACAGAUGAUGUGUUGGUUUCAUCUUUACUUUUUUCUUUGCCUUGUUCUCCUGCCGCCAUCAAACCCAGUGACAAACUGUAUUUUCCCUGUGCUUUUACAUAUAGAUAAGGGAAAUGUCACUUUUUAUUCAAGAAAAAGAACAUUCUUUUCAAUGUGUCUUUCAAUUCACUGCUGAGUUUGUUUCACUAAAAGCUCAAAGUACAAUCAACCUGAGAGGGAUGUGUCAGGAACUGAGGGACUGAUUACAGGAGAAUGGAUAAAAGUCCUUGUUGCAAUUCUGUACUCUUGUUGUCUGAAUGAGAUCCUGAGGAGGGAAGUUAUACAAAAACAAUCAAACCUCAUGACUGUCCAACAGCCACCCGCAGUGGGGUUUGCACAGUGAUGGAUAAGUUCUGCAUAUUGAUGAAUCUCAGUUGUUUUGAGCAUCAAACUGAGACAUUGAAAGGCAAUACAUUGUGUAUGCUACCUUUCCAGGUCACCCUUAUUAUUCCGUUUCUCCCCGAUCAAUUGAAAUGCUUUCAAACUAAACACUCCCAACAAAUUUACAAUGCCAAUUUGUACUCUUGGUGGCUGAGAUGUCCCUGAUAAUCUCACUGUGACACCCAGCAAACAUCAAAAAACUGUCAAAAUGCUCCACAUGAACUCAUUUUUCAUGUGUAAAACCUUAGAGGACUUUGAAUAAGAGGUUAUCAUAUGUUUUGUUAAUCCGUGAUGGCUGUUGACACUCCUUUUGGAUCUCAUUCUAUACAACUACGUUCAAGGGCUUUGAAUUUAUAGCUUUGCCACAGAUGAUGUGAAAUCACACACUGAGAAAACACAUUUUUCCCUCCAAUUUCUGUCAUUAGCUUGAGAUUGGCUCAAUAAUACUGUGAUCUCAGCAAAUGAGGUUUCACAUUAGACGUACAGAUGCAGGUUCAGGUUCAAACUCUUCUGUUCGUAAACCUGUUUCAUCAUCUCAUCCACCUCUUUUCAAAUAGAAACACCUAGCCAAGAGGCUCCCCGUACUGAGUGUUUACACAGCAUCGAUUGCACUUUAUGACAACAAACCCACAGAGCAAUCCGACAUCCUCUGACAGCAGUCACUUAGGGCCUCUGUCGCGCUCUCACCAAAGGAUUCAGUCUCCUGCGUAAACAUCAUCACUCUCAACAAAGUCGCCUUUCUUAUUUUUGUAUCAUUUUUGUCAAGAGAUCUAAAAGCUGAAAGAUGUCGUGAUGGCAGGUGAACCGUUGUGAUCCAGAAAAGCUUAUUUCUUUGUGAUGCUAUGUGGUUUGUGCCUUGUUCCGAAGUUGCAUUUAAUAUGUCAAAGAUUUAAAGUUGACUAGUAAUAAUAUCUAGGGACUGUCGUUAUGAUCACAAGCAGUUGUUAAUUUGUCUUUUUUUUUUGUUUUCCUCAUGGUCGUGUUGAUUCGAAGGGAGAGAUUAUUGACUUUGGUACUGUUUCCCACCGAGAAAACAUCUUGGCACCAAGAUCUUCUUUGUUUUUUUGUUUUUUACAUAAAUGUGAUUUAUUUCCAUAGAGUUGCUUCUCUUACAGCUCAGAAGUACAAUCAAACUACGACACAUGAGGCCUAUAGAGGGUUCAAAGAUGAUCUUCAGUCUGAGAUGAUUUUUCGAAACCUGAAGCCCUGUUUGGAAGGCCAGAUGACUCUGGCUGCAGUGUUCUGUGUUCCCUCAUGCCAUUUAAACGUCACAGAGACUGUUUGUGUUCAGCAGCUUAGCUUUCUUUACACACUUGGAAAUCUCUGAGAAAAAAAAAUCAACUGUUGUGUCCUCUGCAGUGAGGUCUGCUCCUUGUUAAUGACAGACACAUUUAUCUCUGUCUGUGAGCCCGUUUUUGUUUUUUUUGUUUUUGUGCUGAGGGAGCUGAAGUUGCGAAUUGGCAGGAAUAAUUGCAGAGAUGACUUUGGCUGAAGGAGGUUUUGUGGAUGGGUUUGCAGGCUUAUUCUUUUAUCAUCUGCAUUGUACCAUACUGUUCUCAUGUUAAUUAGUCUUUUCUUACAUGCUAACAUAUUGUUUUGUUUGAGCAAAUUAAAUAAAAAUUGCAAUACAUGA